AUGGAUCAGAAUAAUUCGUGUACUAUAUACGUUGGUAACCUUGAUAGUGAGGUCACAAAGCAAUGCUUGUAUGAGUUGUUUGUCCAAAUGGGACCUGUUGCGCGUAUAAGGUACCCCAAAGAUAAGGUUAAACAGGAAUAUCAGGGCUUUGCUUUUAUAGAAUAUUACAAGGAGAGUGACUGUGAUUUUGCCAUUAAGUCUUUAAACAACAACGUGAGUCUGUAUGGUAAGGUGUUGAAGGUCAGAAGAACUUUGGAGAAUAACAAGAAUAUUGCCCCAAUAAUUACAGGAGCCAAAUUGUUUGUGAAGAAUUUGGAUAAUACAGUUGACCUCCAACUGCUGCAGAAGCUAUUUGGUAAAUUUGGUCGAAUGCCUCUCCAGCCUGAGAUUUUUACGUUGAAAGGCGGAACGUUGAGGUGUGCAUAUGUAUAUUACACAACAUUUAAAGACUCGGAUCAAGCCCUGGCAAAACUUAAUAACCAAAUUGUGGCUAACAAAGUGAUAUCUAUCGACUAUGCGUUCAAAGAUGGAAAACCCGGCGAAAAGCACGGUGAUGAGAUUGAAAGAUUACUUGAUGCGGAGGCUCAAAAGCAUGGUGUGCUAGACAGGUAA